CGAGCCCCGGAGCCACGGCCGAGCGCCGGGGAGCCACAGCCGAGCUCCGGAGCCACGGCCGAGCCCCGGAGCCAUGGCCGAGCCGCGGCCGGGGCUGGCGCUGCGCUUCCAGCGCCGGUUCCUGGCGGCGCGGCCGCUCCGCUCGCUGCCCUGGCCGGAGCUCGAACAAAGCCUGCGGGCUGCGCCGGACUCCGCGCUGCUGGCGGAUAUUCUGCGCGAGACAAUUCUUCACCCGCUGUGUGUGAAAUAUCCCCCUUCGGCCAAGUACAGGAGGUGCUUCCUGACUGAGCUCAUCAAAAAGCUUGAGUCCACAGCAGCUGAACCCCUGGAUGAACUCUAUCAGGCACUGGCAGAUGUUCUAAAAGAAGAAGAGGAAUCUACUCACUGUUACAAAAACUACUUACUGGUGCUCCUGUUGAUUGUAAACUCUAAAUCCAUGGCCUGUGCUGAUGCAUCUUUGCCUUCCCGUGUCCUGCAGCCCUCGGGGGACUGUGUGAGCCUCUGCGAGAGCACAGCGCUGAUCUCUGGGGGCACCACGGGGCUCCUGACGUGGGAGGCUGCCCUGCACCUGGCCCAGUGGGCACUGCAGAACCCCGGCCUCUUCAGGGACAGGACAAUCCUGGAAUUGGGGAGUGGGAUUGGCUUCACUGGAAUUGCCAUCUGCAAGACCUGCCAGCCCAGGACAUUCAUAUUCAGUGACUGCCACCCCCGUGUUCUCAGGCAGCUGGGGGAAAACAUCCAGCUGAACGGCUUCACCCCAGAGCCUGACGUGACCUGGAGCAUCCAAACAGAGUCCCAAGGACAGGAGGUGGAAGGACAGAACUGCCAAAACCCAAAAGUGGUUGUUGCUGAGCUUGACUGGGGAUCAGCGACAGAAAAACAACUGCUGGGUCUCAGAGCUGACGUUGUCAUUGCAGCAGAUGUGGUGUAUGAUCCUGAGAUAAUUUUAGCCCUCAUUGGGAUGCUACAGAAACUCUCCACCUCCAGAGCAGACAGGAAGGCUCCUGAGGUGUUCAUUGCCUCCACAAUUCGAAAUCCAGACACGCAUCAGCUAUUCCAGGCUGAGCUGGAUAAAGCUGGGAUCAGAUGGCAGGUGAUUCCAACCCACAGCAGCUGUAAUUUUCUCUAUGAUGUACAGCCAGAUGUAACUAUUCUGCAGCUAUUUAUAUAGGCUUGGCAUACAGAACUGGAAUUUUGAGACCAAUAUGAGCUGUGUCAGCCUUGUAACAAGAUUAUCCUGAAUUCAGGAAAUGAGGUUCUGAGGAUACAACUAUACACAUGGACACAGGAGUCCUUCCUUCCUUCCUCUAAUUCCCAGCAUGGAUCCAAGCCUGGAGCUGCCCCUGGGAAGUGACUGAACCUCAAGCAACAAAAAUUAAAAAGGCCUAAUCACACUUCACUUGGAUUCUGUACAAGACAGCAGAAUUCAAGCAGGGUUUUUUUCCAACUGUGUGGUGAUUUGUAAGUACUGGGGACAAUCUGCAGGAUCACAGACGAGGAUCUCCCACAGACAAGGGAGCAAAACAAUGUUUCAGAGUAAUAAAUGGGUUUUGAUAUUAAAA